AUGUCGAUCUUAGUUUAUUGUCGUGCACUGUUCACGUUUCUCAAAUCUUAUUUACUUGAAUUAAAUCUGAUGCAGACAGGUAUAGAAGAUGAACAUGUUAUCAAAAAUGAACGUCGAUCAACUCGAUUGUAUUUACUUCUCCUUAUAAUAUCCAUUAGUAUUUUGGCCUUUUAUUAUUCUACCGCAUCUUAUACUCAAACAAUCAUUAUUAAGUCUCCAACAUUGUCUCGAUACCGUACUUUACUCUCAUAUACAUCGUUAGAAUGCGAUUGUUCUACAAUAGGUAUCAAGUAUAACGAAUUUCUUUCCAUUGAACCUAUCUAUGAUGAAUUCUGUCAAAGUAAAUUUGUCUUUAAUGACUGGAUUGAUUAUUUACAGAUUCUCUAUGAACAAAGUUGGAAUAAUUCAGAGUUAACUGAUUUUCGUCGAAUAGCCUUUUUUCAAUUUAAAACAUUACGUUCCUUUUGUCAACUAGCAAAGGAAACCGUUUCUAACAGUCUCGAAUUAUUCCAACAACGGGAAUUUGUUCAAUCAAAAUUAGUUUUCGAAGAACAAUUUCAAGCUCAAUUGAAUUCAUUUAUCGGAGAAUUCAUUGAUUCAACACCCAAAAUAUUCUUGAGAACACUAAAUUUGAUUCAAGAUAUGACCGCACAGAAUUUAUUAAUGACUGGAGCAUCAGUAUCCAGCGUUCUACCAAACAUACUCCAAACAACAUUCGGCGACGAUAUUAUUCCUUAUUCUGGAUUAACGUAUACAUUUUUGAAUGGUUCUACUUGUACUUGUUCAAGUUCAACUGCUACUAAUUGUAUGGGUCCUACAACAGUUUAUAAUGAUAUUGUUUCAGGUUUUCAAAUAGGUUGCUAUAUGUUAAGUGCACUACUCAAAUCUACACUUCAACCAUUAUAUAAUCAAACAUGGAUUAAUAUGAUUAGUAAUUCAUCAGCUAAUUUUGAACCACUCAACUCAUCAAUGUCAAAUUCGACAGUCGAGACAUUAUUAAGUCAAUUAUUUGUGAUUCAAUGGAUUAACACAACAUCGUAUGAACAAUAUUUUAAUAAUUGUUUGCCUGAUUCGUGUCAAUAUAGCUUGAUGGAGCACUAUAGUUUGUUAAAUAUUUUAACAUUAUUAAUUGGAUUGUUUGGUGGAUUAUCCUCAGCAUUAAUGAUAAUUUCUCCGCUCAUUGUGAGACAAAUCUGGCCAUUUAUAUUAAAAUUGUUUAUUCGACUACGAACACAUGUGACACAAUCCGCAUCAGCUGAGCCUUAUGCAACAUCUUCUUCUGGUAAUUCUCCAAUGGGAUUAUUACCACAGCUAAAAAAAUCACUCCAGGAAUUAAAUUUAUUCCAAAAAAUUCCUCCAUCACAAGAUGAAAAUAUUCUUCAACAAGAACGUCAUACGACACGACUCUAUCUAAUUCUUUUCUUUUUAGCUUUAACAAUUCUUAUUCUUUUUACUUCGAUUACACCACAAUCGAUCAGUGUUACCGUUCCAUCACCAUCAUUUACAGAUUUCAUACAGCUUUAUGCUAAACAUUCAGAUACACUUCGGUGUCCAUGCGAACAAACUACCAUAAAAUAUCGUCAAUUCAUUUCGUCUAUCAAACCAAUAUAUCAUGAAAUUUGCUUGAGUGAUUUCGUUUCUGCGGAUUGGAUUAACCUUGAAUAUAACGAAUCUUCUUCAUCAAAAUUAUUUACUCAUGAUUUUCGUUCGCAAGCAGAAUAUCAUUUUCAACUUCUUUCUACACUUUGCCGUAUGGCCAACCAAACCAUUGAAGAAAGUCUACAAUCGUUUUUUAUCACUGAACUUGUUACCAAUGACGUUCUUAGUCAAGAAUCAUUUCGGAUUCAAAUUGAUUUAAUUGUGAAACAAUUUAAAAGAACAAUGCCAGAAACUUUUCAACAGACAGUUCAAUUAAUAAAAGCAAACUUAGAAAUCAAUCAGUUCAUUACGCCAAGAAAUACAGUUUUUUUUGCGUAUUCUGGUGAAACAGAACCAAAUCUAUAUUUAAAUAUGCGUUCCUAUAAUUGGAAGGAAAAACCUGGAUGUGAUAAUAUUUUUCUACAAAAGCAGGAAUGUAAGUGUUAUCCUUUUUCUACUAAUGAAUGUUAUCUAUCGACAGUAAUUAUUGACGAUCAAAUGGAACAUAUUCCCAUUCCAGGCACGAUUCAAACAUGGUUUCCUCUUCAGUCGCUUUUCAAUUCAACAUUAGAAUGUUUUUACGAUGAAAAAUGUCUUCAUAACAUCAUACGAUUUAUUAAUUCAAAUGUAUCACGAACUAAUUUUACUCCACUCGAAUUGCCAUCAUUACCUUCUAUGAGCAAACAAUUUGAUUUGAUCGAAUCCUUGGCAAAUGAUUUAUUUAUUCGAUCGUGGAAUAAUGAAAGUUCUUACCAGUCUUAUUUUGAUGAAUGUCAUCCACGCACCUGUCAAUAUACGUAUCAGAAGAGAUUCUAUCAUAUUUAUAUGAUAACAACAAUUGUUGGAUCGAUAGGUGGUCUCAAUAUCGUCUUACGUCUACUAACACCAAUUAUUAUUAAAUUUAUCUAUUAUAUUUGGAUGAAAAUCUUACGUCGACAACGAAAUGUAACGAGUGACGAUGUGACAGAGAAUAUGUCUGUACGAUUAAAACUCUGUCGUCAAUUUCGAUUAAUCAGACGACAAUUUUUCGAAUUGGAUCUAUUUCCGACUAUUCCACAAUCAGAAAAUCCAAUAAUAAUUCGUCGAAGUCGACGUAAAACUCGAUUCUAUUUAUGUUUUCUUAUUAUAGCAUUGUUUAUUCUUGUUCUAUAUACAUCACUACAAUACGAUACAAUUACCGUUGUGAUCAAAUCUCCAUCAGUGUCGCAAUAUGAAGAAUUACUUUCUCAAUAUCCUCGAACAUUAAAAUGUCCCUGUAAUCAUAUUGCAAUCAAAUAUGACAAAUUUAUUUCUCAAAUUGAACCUCAAUAUCACCAAAUAUGUACAAGUACUUUCGUUACAUCAAAAUGGUUUGAAACUUUGAAAGGAACGGACAUGAGUCGUGUCGGUGAUAGUUCAGAUUUCCGUAAAAUAAUUGGUGUACAAUUUGAAAUAAUAUCAAAGCUUUGUUCACUUUCAAAAAAGACAUUAACUGUUGCAUUAUAUGCAUUUCAAGAAACAGAUUAUUUUACACGACAUGUUAUUCCACGUGAUGAAUUUAAAGUUUCUACAGAAGCAUUAUUAAAACAAUUUGAGACCACAAGAGGUCAUCAGUUUAUGCAAAUAAUUAAAUUGAUUCAAGCAGUCAAUCAUGGAAAUCAAUUAGUAUCAGUACUUUCAUCCAAUUGGAAAUUCAUUUUGAGAGAUGUAGACUUUUCAUCUGAUGAAAUAAGUAUAGGUUCGCCUUCAUUAGAUGUACUAACUCUAUCAAACACGUAUGAAGAAGAUAAUUGUUCAUGCGCUGUACAUUCAAACUGUUCGUAUCUGUCCAAUUUUGAUUUUCGGACGUCGACUCAAUCAUUGAAAGAAACUCUUCCAGGUUUUCGCUUUGGUUGUCUAAUUCUCGAUGCCCUUCUUCAAUCAAGUUUUUCUUGUCUCUACAAUAAAACAUGUUUGGAGUUGAUGCGUACAGCUAUCUACUAUUCUAGACCUAUUCCAGUUCAACUAUUUACUUACAAGACAUCGUCUGAACUAAACAUAACAAUUGAAACACUUCUUGGUCAACUUUUUGUUUUACAAUGGGUCCAUCAAGCAUCAUAUGAAUCAUAUUUUAAUGCCUGUGCUCCUCAACAAUGUCAUUAUUCUUAUUCAACGAACUUUAAUCAAAUUUAUAUAAUAACAACUCUAAUCGCUGUUUUUGGUGGUUUAACCAAAGGACUACAUAUUGUUGUAUCUGGUGGAGCAUGGAUAAUUAUUAAGAUCUUGGAUUAUCGGAAGAAAAAACGGCAAGUAACAACAGACAUACAACAAUCAAGUAUUAUUGUCAUUGAUCAAGAUAAUAACAAUAUCGAAAUGACUACUGUUGCAGACAUCAAUCAGAUUCCUGUUUCUUCCACGAAUGAAGAAACCGAUGAAUAUAAAAAGCAGAAAGAACGUGCAUAUGUAGUUGGUGUUAGUUUAUUGCUUGUGACUAUGAGAACCACGACAACAACCAUUAGCUCUACAUUAGAAUCAACAUCAACAAUAACUGAUGUUUGCUAUAUGAACUUGAAAAAUCAAUUUCAAACAUAUGCGACUGGCGAUGAUCCUAAACAGGUCAUUACAGGCGAUUUUAAUAAAGAUUUCAUUUUAGAUUUAGCCGUAACAAAUUGUGGCAGUGAUUCAUUCAGCGUAAUGUUAGGCAUUGGAAAUGGAACGUUUCAGUCACAAAAAAUGUAUUCAACGGGGAAUAGAACUUGUCCAACGGGAAUAGCAACUGCUGAUUUUAAUAAUGAUACAUUUUUGGACUUUGCUUCAUUUAAACUUCAUUCUCUUUUAGCUAUUACAUUAUGGACAGUAAACCAAAUAGCUAUUUUCUUUGGUAUACCAACGAAUGUUUCAUUCUCUUCAGUAUCAUACGCAUUUUCAUACGGUUUUUCUGCUACUAAAUCAACUGAGAUUGAAACUGCUGAUCUUGACGGGGAUGGAUCUUUUGAUUUGGUCGUCCCUAAUCACGAUUCCUUAACUUCACGAUUGCCAUUAGGAAUCUAUUUAAAUCGAGAUAAUGGUCAACGAUUCGAUUCUGUCUGCGGUACUCUAUGUGUAGAUUGGAUGGCCAGUACAAUUUUUGUGAUUUCAGUAGUCAUUGGUGAUUUCGAUUAUGAUGGAAAAUACAAUGAUCUCAGUUUAUGUGGUAGCAACAAUCAAGUGGUGACAAUCUCUUCUAUCAAUUAUACUCAAAUUGAGUAUGAUCCACGAGUGGCAUAUAACACUGUAUUUGCUAAUCCAUUAUCAUUAAUCAGAGGAAAGUUUAAUGAUGAUAAUUUCGAUGAUUUAGCUCUUGUUUCCCCUGAAUCUGAUACAUUGCAGAUCUUGCUUGCUGUCAAAAUUGGAAAAUUUAGUCAGCAAAUCUAUCUAACCAACACUCAUCCAACAUCUGUUGCACGAAUCAAUUUUAAUAAUGACUCGAUCGAUGAUUUAGUAGUAUUACAUUGCAAUGGAACUGUAGCGGUCUUUCUCGGAACUAAACUUGGACUUUUUGAUCAAACUGAUAUUUUAUUUGGAACCAAUGAAGAGAGCAAUGGUCAAUGUGCUCAAUCAAUCAAAGUAAAUGAUUUCAAUCGAGAUGGAAGAGAUGAUCUGGUUUUUGUUGAUCCUGAAACGAAUACCGUCAGAGUUCGAUUAAACUUACCUUGUACUGAAUAG